AUGUCCGAUCUCGAUCCACCCAUGCAGGGCGCCGACCCGGCCGAGCAGCACACCUACGCCCAGCCACCGCCCCAACUUCACGGCCACCUGGCCGGUGAUUAUGCCCAUCCCCAAGAGCCAGCCGGACUCGAGGUGCCUUCAGUGUCCGUGCCGAUGGAGGCCGUUGACAUGGUCCCGCAGCACGUUGCCCAGAAUGAGGUUCUCGAGGAGGCGCCGCUGGCGUUGGCGACAUCAUCGACAGGAUUCUACGAUUUUCUGAAG